GAGGGCGUCAUUAAAUCGUUAACGGCCGACAUAUCCACCGACGGCAAAUCAGCAGUCGCUUGCAUACAUUUCUUGCUUAUCAAUGCGUCGCGUCAUGCUGUUAGUGAGUCAGUGUUCAGCGAAGAGAUUCAACAGCUGGGUUUGCCAAAGGAACACGCCGCAUCUAUGUGUCGCGUGUUGGCCGCCAAUGUAACAGCUAUACGUCAGCGGCUGAGAGAUAAAGCAUUUAGAAUAAACGAACUGUCCUCCAUACGCUACAUCCAACCCUCGGCAGAUAAGCAAGAUAACACCGUUGGUUGUGCUAAAUUCGAAUUGAAAAUCUCACAGGAGCUAAUCGAUGGUUUGCCACAGGAUACUACACAUGUGCUUAAUAUUGAGCGUCCUAAUGUGCAGUCGCUGUUGGAGGAAUUGAAAGAGGUGCGCUCUACAUUACAGCAAUAUAGUUGGCGGCAGAAAGACAAGAUGGAUGUGUAGAGCUGAAGAAAAUAUAUUACGGACAUUUAUUCACAAGCGUUGUGUAUUCAGUUUUCGAUCGAAUCGCCGCGCGUCUAGUAGCACAAUGCGAGUGUUCCUCGGCAUAUUAGCUUUGGCCUUAGUCAUCACUAUCAUCACUUUGACCGUUUCAAAAGCGAUCCCAACAGAUUCUCCUGUAGUUAAUAUAUCUGGGCAAGGUCCAGUGCGCGGCAGCUAUGAUGAAACAUUAUGGACAAAACAGCAAUUUUUAUCAUUUCGUGGCAUACCAUAUGCGGAAUCGCCAAGUGGAAAGUUGCGCUUUAAGCCACCAACAAGCCGCAAACCUUGGCAAAAAAUCUUCGACGCACAGAACUUCGGCAAACGUUGUCCGGUUAUAACAAGCGUGUCGAAAUUAAAUGCCUCCAAACUGAAAGAUGACCUUGAAGACUGCCUGAACUUGAGCGUCUACACCAAAAGCCUCAAUGCCAGACAACCAGUGAUGUUCUACAUUUACGGUGGUGGCUUCUAUAAUGGUUCCGCCUCUGAUCAUCCGCCACACCAUUUGCUAGAAAAGGACAUAGUGCUGGUAGUGCCACAGUAUCGCAUUGGCGCACUCGGCUGGCUGACUACACUCACCGAGGAAAUGCCUGGCAAUGCGCCCGUAAUGGAUCUGCAGCUGGCUUUGAGUUGGGUGCAGGAAUAUAUUUAUAAAUUUGGCGGUGAUCGCAACAAAGUUACGAUAUUCGGACAAAGUGCAGGAGCAGCUAUGUCUGGCGCCUUGCUGCUGAGUCCCAAAACGUCAGAGAGCUACUUCAAGCGUUCCAUUGUGCAAUCGGGUGCCAUAACUGCGUUUUGGGCCAUCAAUCGUGAACCGCUGGCGCAAGUGAAACGCAUCUGUGAGGCGCUCAACUGCGAGCAUUGUGACGAGAGUGCGGAACAGUAUAAAUGUUUGAGGAGUGUGAAUGUAUUACAGUUACUCAGAGUGACAACAGCGGAAAGUUUCAGUCCCGUAGUUGCCGAUGUAUUUGGCGUGCUUCCUUCAGAGCCGAGAGUGCUGCUUGAAUAUCUUAAACGCACAGUACCGCUGAUGGCUGGUUUCACUAAACAUGAUGGCUCUUUUGCAUUGGCAACACUCUACGACAGUAUUGUGGCAAUGUUAGGUAGCAUUGCUAAAUUAACUGUGCGUCAGUUCGCAAACACGCUCAUUGAUGUGGGCAAGGACAGCACCAGCCUGUCCAACAAUUUGCUCUUACGCAUGCUUUUCGAACAGGAACUAUUGGAGAGUAACAAUCAUACAGCUGCAUGGCCGGCAUACUUUGAUGCAGCGAAUAUUAUAGCCAUGAAAUCGCCAGUGAUUGCUUACGCAAACGGCCUGCAGAGAAGAGGUGCGGCUCCAGUGUACCUUUAUAGCUUUGACUACGAAGGCGAGCAUACACGCUUCGGCUAUGAGUUUGGUAAUUCACAAUAUCCUUUCGAGGGCGGCGUGCAUCAUUCGAAUGAUAAUAUAUACUUAUUUGCUACGCACAAACUCAAUGCGAAUGAUACGAGAAUCGCAAUGAAAAUGGUAGAUUUGUGGUAUUCGUUCGCAGUGCAUGGGGAGCCAAAGGUUGGAGAUCAACCUGAGCUGGAUAUUAGAGCCAUGAAGACUGAAGCUGGUCCUUACUUUCACAUCAAUAAACAAAUAACUUUGGGUUCUAACAUUCUCUCUGAACUUACAGCGACGGUGGAUGAUCCUGACAGUCACAAAUUGAUCAGGCCGUCGGCAUUUCAAACUACGGAAAAUUCAAAGCUAUCUGCCUCGAACCACUCCUCUACAAGGCUAUGCAAGUGUCUCCACAACGUUUUUUCGCCCGCUCUUCUAACGAUAAUUAUCACCCAUACGACAACGUUUACUCUGCGCCGGAUUCUCGCCCAUAUCCAGGCUCUCAUUGUCACUGUCCAUUGUCUCGCUGCAGUCGCCGUCCGGUUCGCCACCGCCCAUAAUAUCCUGUUUCCGUUUGGCGGUUGCCAUUUCCGCGGCAUGUUUCUUGCGCCACUUGGUCCGUCGGUUCUGGAACCAGACCUGCAAUCGAGUAGAGAGAAGAAAACGAAAAUUGUGGAAUUAGUAAAAGUUAAAGGUGGAAGAAGGAGGAAACGCCAGCCGCGUUGUCAACACAAGCCCUCGGCACGUGUGCGGCAACAUACGAUCUCUUCCUAUCUCCGGCAACGCUAAACCAAUCAGCGACAU